UACAAAGAUCGAGACAAAGAUGGAGUCUUAUACUGGCAAUACAAGAACUGGAGAGCUCCCACGUUUAACGGGAUCUCUCAGAGUCUUUUCUAAUGUAUUCAGUGACCAGGAGUCAUAUCUUCCCUCUGACACGGCUGCUUUGCUGGAAAGAAAGAGAGAGAAGAGGAAAGAGGCUGGUUUAUCUCAUUCAAAGACAUGGCCUCAAGUCUCUUCAUCAAUUUUAAAAUCAAUCAAUAGACAAGACACCAAUAAAGUUGAAGGACUUUUGAAAGACUUCACUCGCUCUGUUGCAGACCUCAUUGGGGAAGAAGACGAGAGUGUCCUUCAGUCAGCCUCGGUCCACCUUUUCAGUCUCUUCUCCUUCUCCGAUCCUCCUGGGACGUGGUGCAAGGAACACGGUGAAGACAUUCGUAAGACCUUUGGUCCUUAUCCAGCCUCAAUAGCCAUGAGAUCCUGUGGUAUAGUAGGAGAGAUACACUCCUUUACUCCUAAUCAAGAGAGUAGUCAUGAUGGCUCAGUCAUCACUUCUAGUGGAGACUCAAAAGGGAAAAGUGACGUAGCUCAAAAGGUCAAGGAAUUUGGAUCUAACAUCACGUCUUUUCAAUUUAAUUCGAAUCUACUGGGCGUGGCCGAGACACCUGUUGCCACGGAAACAUUAGGGCCAAUCUCCGAUGAUGAUGAUGAUGCUGUGAUGUCAAAGGUUACUGAUGAUAUUUUGGCUGAACUAUCAAAAUCUAAGAAAUCUCAAAAUGGGAAGCAAAAGAAGAUUAAUAAGACUUCUGCUCCUCCUCCUCCUCUUGCUACUGCCAAGUUUGGUACUGAGUGGUUGCAGGAGCGCUGUAAGAGGUGUGGCUCUGAGCUGCCAUGGGAACAGCUGUACCAACAGUUGUUUGAGUUGCUCCUAUCAGAGACAGAUGAAACAUCAUUACAAGUAUCGCUGGUUGAAUUGGUCGGUUUCUCUAGUUUAGAGUUCGUCCAAGAGCUUCUAGUGAACAGAGAGAAGAUUGUAGACACUUUAUUGCACAGUCAGAAUGGGGCCAAUGCACUACCUAAAGGAACUCCCUCCUCACAAGGAGGCGGAGCAAAAGGUCCUUCCAGACCAACCAUUGGUUGUCAAGUAUCAAUUAAAUCUCAGGAGGAGAAGGCGCUUGAGAAGAAGGCAAGGAAGGAAGGAAGGAAAGAAGAGAGACAGAGAGCAAAGAGAGAGAAAGAUGAAGAGUUGGAUCACCUCUCAAGGUUAAAGCAACAAGGAUAUGAUCCUGAACUAUUAAAAAAAGAAAGGGAGAGAGCAUUGGAAGAUGCCAAGAGGCAGCCAUUAUUUAAGCCACACCCAUCACAGAGAGAAGGGGACCGGUCUUAUCCUAAUGUUUAUGACUCUAUGGCAACAGUAAAAAUAACUCCAUCUUUUCUAGCUGGGAAACCAGUAGGUCUUCCUGCUGGCUCUGAUAAGAAGGAUCACGAGUUUUACGAGGAAGUGGUGGUACCUCAUUCUGCAGUUCCUCCUCCUUUUAUAACUGAAAAGAUAUUAAUCAAAGAAUUAGAUGACAUUCCUCAAAUGGCAUUCAAAGGUACCAAGUCACUCAAUACAAUACAGAGUGCUGUGUUUGACACUGCCUAUUAUACUAAUGAGAACCUGUUGAUAUCAGCACCAACUGGAGCUGGCAAAACUAACAUUGCCAUGCUAACUAUACUACGAGAGAUUAAUAACAACAUUGAUGCUGGAGUCAUCAGAAAAGACAAAUUUAAGAUAAUAUACGUAGCUCCAAUGAAGGCUUUAGCUGCUGAAGUGGUUCGUAAUUUCUCGUCAAGAUUGUUACCACUAGGAAUCAGUGUGAGGGAGCUGACUGGAGACAUGCAACUCACAAAAUACGAGAUACAGAAUACUCAAAUGAUAGUGACAACUCCAGAGAAAUGGGAUGUUGUUACAAGGAAGUCCACUGGAGACGUGUCUCUGUCCCAGUUAGUGAGGCUGCUCAUUAUUGAUGAGGUGCACCUGCUCCAUGAGGACAGAGGGGCAGUGAUAGAGUGCCUUGUUGCUAGGACACUGAGACAGGUUGAGACUAGUCAAAGGCUAAUACGUAUUGUUGGUUUAUCAGCCACACUCCCCAACUAUCUUGAUGUGGCCCGGUUCCUUCAUGUCAACCUGAAUAGGGGAUUGUUCUAUUUUGACGGUCGGUUCAGGCCAGUCCCUCUCAUGCAGGUAUUCUCUGGAGUCAAGUCACCCAACCCCCUGGGGCAGCUGAGGGAGAUGGAUAGAGUCUGCUAUAACAAAGUCUUUGAUAAUGUUAGGAAAGGCCAUCAAGUGAUGGUUUUUGUUCAUGCUCGUAAUGCCACGGUAAAGACUGCCAUGUCUCUCAAGGACUCUGCAGUCGCUAAGGGACACUCUGAUCUCUAUGCACCAGAGCAAUCUCCAGCACUGGGUCAAGCAGAGAAACAGAUUGGAGCCUCAGGAUAUAAGCCACUUAGGGAUCUCUUCUCUCAUGGCUUUGCUGUUCAUCAUGCUGGAAUGUUACGAAAAGACAGAAACCUUGUUGAGAAACUCUUCUCCGAAGGACUCAUCAAGGUAUUGGUCUGUACGGCAACCCUCGCUUGGGGAGUGAACCUUCCCGCCCACACAGUCAUUAUAAAGGGUACUCAAAUAUAUGAUGCUAAGAAAGGCUCGUUUGUUGAUAUUGGUAUACUUGACGUUAUGCAGAUUUUUGGACGAGCCGGUCGUCCACAGUUUGAUACUUUUGGCGAGGGACAUAUCAUAACGACUCACGACCUUCUCUCAAAAUACGUCUCAAUGCUGACUCAGCAGCAACCAAUAGAGAGUCAACUGAUGAAUAGCUUAGCUGAUAGUCUGAAUGCUGAGAUAUCUUUAGGUACUGUCAGUAAUAUCGAAGAGGCUGUCACCUGGUUGAGUUAUACUUAUUUCUAUGUUCGUCUUCAUCGCAACCCACUGGCUUAUGGUGUGUCAUACCACGAUAAAGAGCUUGAUCCUACUUUAGAGGGACAUCAAAUAGCUUUAAUACAAUCCUCAGCUAAAUCACUAGACAAAGCUAAAAUGAUACGAUACGCCGAGAGGAAUCAGUCACUCUCUGCUACUGAUUUAGGACGAAUCGCUGCCAACUUUUAUAUCAAAUAUGCAAGCAUAGAGAUAUUUAACGAGUUAUUCAAAGACCACAUGACGGAAAGUGACAUCCUAUCAAUGAUUUCCCAGUCUCAGGAAUUCGAACAAAUCAAAGUCCGAGACGACGAACUCUCAGAACUUGAUCAACUCCUAACCAACACUUGCUUGCUCCCUGUAAAAGGAGGCACAGAGAACGUCCAUGGAAAGGUCAAUAUAUUGAUUCAGGCUCACAUCUCUCAAGAGAGGGUCGAAGGGUUCUCUCUUGUCUCCGAUCUCUCUUAUGUCUCUCAGAAUGCGACCCGUAUCAUUAGAGGGGUUUUUGAGAUAGCCCUAAAGAGAGGGUCUCCCAGACUAGCCUACAAGUUGUUAUGCUUGUCAAAGUCUAUCGAGCAUCGGCUCUGGAUCGUCAGUCAUCCACUGAGACAGUUUGAGCGCCUUUCGUACGAGAUACUCCAGAAACUUGAAGGGGCCGAGCUUAGUAUUGAGAGAAUGAAAGAGAUGAGCAGUGAGGAAAUAGGUUUGAUGGUUCAUCAUGUCAGAAAAGGUAAAGAUAUUAAAUUCCUCGUGGAAUCCUUUCCCUCACUCUCACUGGAGGCCUCAAUCCAACCCAUCACACGCUCCGUCCUCAGAGUCCGACUCUCAGUCACGCCCACCUUUACUUGGAGCGACCGUAUUCAUGGCAACGGUGUUGAACCCUGGUGGGUGUGGGUAGAGGACCCGGAUAACGACCACAUCUAUCACUCGGAAUAUUUCCUCCUACAAAAGAAGCAAGUUUUAUCGAGAGAGGAACAAGUUUUGUCAUUCACUAUUCCUAUAUUCGAGCCACUCCCAACCCAGUACAUAGUCAAAGUGGUUUCAGAUCGUUGGUUGGGGGCGGAGUCAGUCACUCCCAUCUCAUUCCGUCACUUGAUCCUACCGGAGACACACCCACCUCACACCAAGCUCCUUGAUCUCCACCCACUUCCUGUUGGGAAGGUACUGAAGAAGAAGGAGUAUGCCGAGCAUUUUAAAUUUAAAUAUUUUAAUCCGAUUCAAUCGCAAAUAUUUCAUACAAUAUAUCAUUCAGACUCCAAUGUAUUGUUAGGAGCACCCACUGGUAGUGGUAAGACAGUAGCGGCUGAGCUAGCCAUGUUCCGUGUGUUUGAGCAGUAUCCUGGUAGUAAGUGUGUCUACAUUGCUCCACUGAAGGCUUUGGUAAGGGAAAGGAUUGAGGAUUGGUCUGUGACAUUCGGUCAGAAGCUAGGAAGAAGUGUGAUAGAGCUAACAGGCGAUACUGCUCCUGAUAGUUUAUUGAUAGAGAAAUCUGAUGUCAUUGUCACUACUCCAGAGAAAUGGGAUGGGAUAAGCCGUAGUUGGCAGAACAGAAAAUAUGUUAAAGCUAUAAGGUUGAUUGUGAUUGAUGAGAUUCACUUAUUGGGUGAUGAGAGGGGGCCGGUUCUGGAAGUCAUAGUCUCUCGUACUAAUUUCAUAAGUUCCCACACUCAGAAUUCUGUUCGUAUUAUUGGCCUAUCGACAGCACUGGCAAAUGCAGGGGACCUGGGACAGUGGCUGAAUAUUGGCCCAGGGGGUCUGUUUAAUUUUCACCCAGCGGUCAGACCGGUUCAACUAGAAGUUCAUAUUCACGGAUUCCCAGGGAAACACUACUGCCCUAGGAUGGCUACUAUGAACAAACCUGCCUACUCGGCCAUCAAGUUGCACUCGCCUGAGAAGCCAGUUUUGAUUUUUGUUUCGUCGCGUCGUCAAACUCGUUUGACCGGGUUUGAUCUUGCGUCUUAUGUAGCUACUGAGCCCAACCCUAAGCAAUGGCUGCAUAUCGAUGAAACUAAACUUGAUUCUCUUCUUCUGUCAGUCAGAGACACUAACCUCAGAUUUACUCUUCCAUUUGGUAUUGGCCUCCAUCAUGCUGGACUGCACGAGAGAGACAGAAAACUAGUCGAAGAACUCUUUGUCAAUCAGAAGAUACAGAUACUAAUAGCUACAGCAACACUGGCUUGGGGUGUUAAUUUCCCUGCUCAUCUAGUGAUUGUGAAAGGGACAGAGUAUUACGAUGGGAAGACUCACAGAUACGUUGACUACCCAAUCACUGACGUACUGCAGAUGAUGGGCAGGGCAGGAAGGCCUCAGUAUGAUGAUCAUGGAGUUGCCUCUAUAUUAGUUCAAGAUCUCAAAAAAGACUUUUAUAAGAAGUUCCUGUACGAGCCUUUCCCUGUUGAGAGCAGUCUAUUAGCUGUGCUCCCUGAUCACUUGAAUGCUGAGAUUGUGUCCGGUACUGUAACAUCAAAGCAGGAUGCUCUUGACUAUCUCACGUGGACUUAUUUCUUUAGAAGACUAGUUAUGAAUCCUAGUUAUUAUCAAUUGGAAGACACUAAUCGAAUAAAUCAUUAUCUCACAAAAAUUAUAGACGACUGUUUUUCUGACCUCCUUUCUUCAUAUUGUAUCAGACUGGAAGAAGAUGAAAGGAGCAUAGAAGCAACGGUCCCUGGCUGCAUAGCAUCCUUUUAUUACCUUCACCACAAAACAAUGAGACUCUUCUCUGAUACACUUCACUCAAGCAACACAAUGGAGGAAUUACUAAAAUUACUUUGUGAUUCAUCAGAGUAUGCUGAACUACCUGUUAGACACAAUGAGGAUCAAUUGAAUGAAACAUUAGCUUCACAGUUACCAUUGCCAGUUUCUCCUCAAUCCUAUGACAGUUCUCACACCAAAGCAUUCCUAUUGUUCCAGGCUCAUUUCUCACAGGCAGCACUACCGAUUGCUGACUAUUUGACUGACACUAAAUCUGUAUUGGAUCAAUCACUGAGAAUAUUACAAGCAAUGAUAGAUUUGUCUGCUAAUGAAGGAUGGCUCCAAACAACGUUAAAGGCAAUGUCUCUAGUACAGAUGUGUGUCCAAGGACUGUGGAGCUAUGAUUCAUCAUUGCUGACACUACCUCAUGUACAGGAAUCACACAUUGAACUCCUUAACAGUAAUAUUAGCAAGAGAUCUAGUGCUAGAAGAUGUGGUAUAGGACAGAUAUCAAGUAUAGCUGAACUGCUGAUGAUAAUGGAGCAUGAUGCUAACUUCAUCCAUCACUCAUUAGCAAUAGAACUUAACAAUUCUCAGCUUAAAGAAUUAGGGGAUGUGCUGCGUUCAUUACCAAUGCUAACAGUCAAGACGGGGCUACUGAUAGCUAAUUCUGAGGAUGAAAUGAAACCGAUAAACAUAUCAAAUGAACAAGAGACGAUACCUUGCAGUACUGAAUGUAUACUGAGUGUGAUCAUUUGGAGGGACAAGAAGUAUAAGGGUGAUAGAAGUGUCUAUUGUCCACGUUUUCCUAAAACAAAGCCAGAGGGGUGGUGGCUGUGUCUGGGGAAUGCAGACCAGAAGGAACUCAUAGCAAUGAAAAGGAUCGGGCCUCAUUCUCAUCACGUCAAACUCAAUUUCGUGGCUCCUCCCACUCCCUGUCAUGUAAUUUUCACGCUUUAUGUGAUAAGCGAUUGCUAUCUAGGACUGGAUCAACAAUACGACCUUAAAUUAACAUUUGUAUGAUUUAAUUCAGAUGUAAGAUUUUAAGUUAUAUCAAAAAAUGAAUUAUUUGAUAAGUCUAUUAUGAGACAGGAAGCAGA